GAUACCAAUUGAGAGCUCUAAAAUCCGCGUUUUUUUGCAAAACGGGUCUGGUUUGCCUGCACCCUCGUCUCCCUUAUCUUCCACCUUGAAAUGCCGUUCUUUCACCUGAGAUUGACUGCUCCACACUCAACUCUCAAUCAUGUUCCGUUGUUUGGUUAUGUGGUGGAACCCACUCACUUCCCACAGAACACACAGCAUUUGAAUUAUCAUUUACGUGUUUUGAAGAAUUGGCCUCCCUUGUAUGCUUUUGUUCAUUCAUUCCCUAGAUUUCAUUCUUUGGGAGCCAUGCACAUCAGUGCUGACAUGGCUGAGAAAUUUGAUAUUCUCAACGUCUGCCAUUCUAUACUUGGCAAGAAUUCAUAUGAGAAGCAAUGCUCGGUCAGGGAGGUUCAAUCAAUGCAUCAUAUUGACUCUCCAGACAGUAUUAGCAAGGAAGAGAAGGAAAGACAGAGACGAAAAAAAAUAGGACUAGCCAACAAAGGGAGAGUACCAUGGAACAAAGGCAGGAAACAUAGUUCGGAGACUUGUGAGCGAAUCAAACAGAGAACAAUAGAAGCCUUAAAAGACCCCAAGGUUAGAAAGAAGAUGUCUGAGCAUCCCCGGCCUCAUAGCUCUGAGUCCAAGGCAAAAAUGCGUUCUUCAAUUAGACGUGUUUUGGGGCAGCGUUUAAAAUGGAAACGGUUAAGGGAGAAAUUAUUUCUGUCAUGGGUUGAAAGCAUAGCAGAGGUGGCUAAGAAAGGUGGUAGUGGACAGCAAGAGCUCUGUUGGGAUAGCUAUGAGAAGAUUAAGCAAAAAUUACAUCUCCAAGAGCUUCAGCUGGCUGCUGAAAAGAAAAAGGAAAGGGCGAAGGAGAGGGCAAAGAAAAGAGCAAUGACAGCAGAACAAGUUAAAGAAAAAAAUAUGGCAAGGAUUGCUCUUGAGAGGAGAAAAGAUGGAGAAGUCUAUGAAGAUACUGAAGAGUUGACAGCUCUUCAAGGGCGGAAUUGUAAGCGGAGAUUAAUGAAGUUUGAAAGAAAAACUUCAACAAAUGGACAAGCUGCUGCUCGAGGGGACAUAGUCAUGUCGCAUAUCUCAGCUUUUGAGAAACUGGAUCUAGAGCUUAUAAAGAGAGAAAAAAUGCAGAAAGAAUUUUCAUUCGCAGACCAGAUCAGAGCUGCCAAAAACAAAAGAAUGGAAUUAACUAUGGAAGCCUCAUCCUCUGUUCAUGCAGCCAACAAGAAACCAGGGGAGUAUGCUUAAAUUUCCACAUCCCUACCAGCAGUUGAAAUAGAGGAAGAGAAAAUAUCGGACUCUUGGAUGCAUUUUUCCAACUAGUCGCAAGAGUCCGGUCAUUUGUUUUCAGGGCUGCAUUCCAAUUUUAUAUGGAAGAGGUCCAUCUGGCGACAGUGCAGCGUUUUUAUGUGAAAAAUUUGUUAGGGGUUAUGUGAUGGAUGCAAACUCCACAAUAGAGCACCAAGGUUUUGUAAGUUAAACAUGGAAGGAAGAAAACCAUGAGUUUUGAGAUUUGUAGUUUAUUUUCUCCGAAAUAAAUUGGACAGCAGCAUCAUAUAUUAUCUUUUCUUUUCUUCAAAUCUAUCAGAAACAGCAUACUGAGGAGUU